AAACAUAUUUCAUUUCUUGCCUGCAAGCAGCGGAUAAAAGAGCAUAAAAGUAAAUGAUUUUCGGUGAGCAUAUACCCAUCGCUGUUAUUCUGAUGGCAUUUAGCUUUAAUAUUUGACUACAAUGUUAAAGAGAUCCGCUGUGUUGACAGGGUCGGAUGGGGUGAUACCAAAUGAUUGUGAAUUCACUGCUUUUCGUAGCCCGACACGAUAACCUGCUGGAUCUUCGCCGCGCGGUAAUUGAACAACUGAAAAGAAACUGCGGAUUAAAAUGCUACAUUAAGCGAUGAUAAAUCAGCGCGGUGACCGGGCCCUGCAGUGGAUGACGGCCAUGUUUCAUCUCCACGAGCGCGGCUCCGAGCUGAGAGAGCCGGCCGCUAACAACAUCGGCUUACAGUUCAGCAGCACACAAAGGGCCCAAAGUCCACGUCAGCAUUUCUCUGUGCCUCCACUUAGAUCACAACCAAUCUCUUCCCCCCGGCGCCGCUCCGCCUGUAGCUUUGUCAGAGAAAACAAGGCGGACGCGGUGCCGGCGAAGCGGACGGGGCUGCUGCCGCGGAGACGGAAGCGCGGGAUUGUCGCACAGUUGACUCUUCUCAGCCACUGAGACACGACGGGAAGCGGCGUCUAUCUGCUCUCCAUCGACAGCGAUAUUCACCUCUGACAGGCCAUGGAAUCUCCUGAAGCAAUCCAGCAAAUGAGAAGGUUGAUUAAUGCUUCCAUGACGCAUAACUAGUGUGAGUCCAUCUUGAAAUGACUUCAAGGGAAUUUAAAUCAAAGGAGGCAUUUGUCUUUGCAUCUCGCUUGGCAAAGGUCUUUAUCAUCCAGCCAGACAGAAAUCACUUAUUUCCCCCUUUUUUGAUCCUUCCUGGUUGCCGGUUCCCUUUGGUUCUCACGACGAAAAGAGGGAAUUUGUAGAGAGGCCGCAACAAUAAACCAGAAGUCCGCUUCCAAUAACCCUGUGUGAAAGGUUCAAACGGUUUUCCCAAGGCCGGGCUCACUCAACCUAUCAAUUUUAGCUUCGGGGAGUGCAGGUGUGCAUCUGGCCCGAAGCCCUCAUCAGCGCUGAAAGGUGAUAUUAGCAGGUAUUAGUGAGCCGAGCAACAGGUACUUAGUCAAGUCCACCACUUGUUUCUUCUCGGGUCGGGCCGAUGGGAGGUUCAGUCCCUUCCCGGAGUGCCAGGAAGCUUGUCUGCGUCUAUUCCCAAGUAAUCAAGCUGUAUGAAGCCUCGCAGCGACAACAUCCUGCAUCAAAAUCAAAACAAAUUUGGAUGCCGGACAAACAACGGUUUGUUUUGGGUCACCGAGGAGGAAUUCAGAUCUACAGUCACACGGCCGCGAGUGGAUGAUACGCACGCAUCACACGCAGAGAAACGCAGAGAGGACAGAAGGGGGAGACAGAGAGCGGAUGACAGCCAACCAUGAGACCUACCUUCUCAUGGCCAGCACCCAGAAUGAUAUGGAGGAUUGGGUGAAGACAAUCCGCAGGGUCAUCUGGGCGCCUUUUGGUGGAGGGAUCUUCGGCCAGAAGUUGGAGGAAACCGUGCGCUACGAGCGCCGGUUCGGGAGCAAGUUGGCCCCCAUGCUGGUGGAACAGUGUGCCGAUUUCAUCCGGCAGUGGGGCCUCAGGGAGGAGGGGCUGUUCAGGCUGCCCGGACAGGCCAACCUGGUCAAAGAGCUGCAGGAUGCUUUUGACUGUGGGGAAAAACCCUCCUUCGAUUGUAACACAGAUGUGCACACAGUCGCCUCUCUACUGAAGCUGUAUCUCAGAGAGCUGCCAGAGCCGGUGGUGCCCUUCCACAAGUUUGAGGACUUUCUGGCGUGCACCAAGCUCCUCGGCAAAGAUGAUGAAAUGGGUUUGAAGGAGUUGCAACAGCUUGUGAACAAUCUACCUCCAGUGAACUUCAACCUCCUCAAGUAUAUCUGCAGAUUUCUCGAUGAAGUCCAGUCAUAUUCAGGAGUGAAUAAAAUGAGCGUCCAAAACUUGGCCACAGUCUUUGGGCCGAACAUCCUGAGGCCGAAGGUUGAGGAUCCUGUCGCUAUUAUGGAAGGCACCGUUCUGGUCCAGCAGCUCAUGGCCGUUUUGAUCGGCCGCCACGACGUGCUCUUCCCUCCCGACGAGGACGGCCCCGCCGCCCUCGAGCUCGUCAACAACAACAUCGAGCUGCGCCGCCGCCAAGCCACCGCCGCCGCCUCCGUCAGCGCCGCGCUGUCUCAGAACGCCGAGAACAACAACGCGCCGGUGGUGAGGCAGUGUGUCUGGGAGGCGCCCGAGUCUCCCUCGCACCGCCAGCCGGUGGACAACGGCGGCUCGCCGCGACCGUCGAGCCCCCGCAACGGCGUCGCGGGGCUCUUCGACGUGGCCCGCAGUCCACCGCUGACUAUUAAAAAGAACCCGGCUUUCAGUAAAGGCAGCGGGAUCGUUACCAACGGCUCCUUCAGCUCCUCGCCCUCUUCAGACCCCAAUCAAGAGAAGAGCCCGCCUCUGACCGGCGGCAGGGUUUUACCGGUGCGGCGCGCCGGGACGCUCAAGGGCUCUGGCACAAAAAUGGGCACCAGCGGCGUGACGAGUGGGAGCUGCCCUGCAGGGAACGGGACCGGAGGCGUGCGCAUGGGCAUCUCCAGCACCGACGGGGUCACGGGCGGCGUCAGCGGCCGCAAUGGUCUCUGGGUGCCGAACGGCUGCGUGACGUUACGCGAGAACAACAGAGCGCGCGACUCCUCCCACGGGGAUCAGACGUCCAACCAGAACCGCCUGUCGACGUACGACAACGUCCAGUUAAACCAUCAAAACCUGCAGCAGCAGCAGCAGCAGCAACAGAACCACUUCACCAUCACGUGUCUGAACGGCGGCCACGAGGACAAGCAGAGCGUGGACAGCGCCACCUGGUCCACCUCCUCCUGCGAGAUCUCUCUGCCCGACAACUCCACCUCCUGUCGCUCCUCCACCACCACCUGCCCUGAGCAGGACUUCUACGGAGGCCACUACGAAGACCUGGACGGGCCGGCGCAGGACAACGAGCGCCCCCGGUCCGGCGCAGGCGGGGAGGCGGAGGGCCGGACCAGCAACAGGGAAGGGAGUGGAGGUGGAGCAGGGCGCAGCAGCCAGGGGACCAGCAGCAGCAACGAUAGUGACGGGUACAGUGUGGGCAAUGGAGCCGGUGGUCACAGUGCUCUGCACAGCUUGGUGGCCAGUCUCAAGCAGGAGAUGCACAAGCAGAAGGCGGAGUACGAGGCCAGGAUAAAGAGCUUGGAGCAGCGUAACCUGGAGCUGGAAACGGAGAUGGUGGUCUUCCACGAAGAGAUGGACCAGGAGAGGAAGAAGUACACCAUGGCGGAGAUCAAGCUGCGCAACGCCGAGCGCGCCAAGGACGACGCCGAGCGGCGGAACGGGAUGCUGCAGAAGGAGAUGGAGCAGUUCUUCUCCACGUUCAGUGACCUCACUGCCACCGGCAACUCAACAGCCGCCGACCCCCGGCGACCGGACCGGAACAACAGCAUCUGGAUACAGUGAAGGAAAGGCGGGGAAAUCGCCAGCCAAGAUGGUUUGUUGUGCGGCGCGAAGAUCCCGAGGGCACCGAGCAGGAUUUGGUCGUUGAGCGGAAGGUCAGGAAGUUGCAUCGUAGAGGUUAAGGGCAUGUUUUAAUCCAAGGAAUAAGAGUUGUAGGGCUGACGCACGGCAGCCGUGUACAUGUAGACAUCACCUGGAGUGAUGCCCGACUGACAUCUGUAAAUACAGCAUUAUUUAAAGCUUGCAGACACUCUCCCAACCGUGCCAUGGCGGUGUUCCCGUAGUCUGUGAUGAUACAAAUCACUAAUAUUGGUUUGUUUUAGUUCAUGGAGCCAUGCAGGACGAAGAAUGUUGUGUUCAGCAUAAACACAACAACCUGAAACCGUGCAAAACGCCUUCAUAUCAUAAUUCAAGUCAAACAAUCUAACCAAAAACAUCGUAUUGCUCUGUGUAAUUGUGUAAUUGCUCAUGUACAUAGAGGGAAACAUUGCAGAAAAAGAAAAAGAAAUGAAUAGUAACACUGCGUUUCUCUGUAUUUAAGCAAAGUUAAUAGGUUGCGAUAUUUUAUAUUAAGAUUUCUCCUUGCACUUACGUGUUUGUUAAGUCUCUGCAAGGUGGUACUGAAUGUUCUGUCGGUCAAUAUGUGUACGAUUUAAAUUGGAAAAUAUACUGUAAAUGUGCCUGUGUCUCUGUGCUGUUUCAUUAACCCCAUGACCAAAAGAAGAGCCUGUACUGUAAGUAUUUUAUAGAUGAUCGUAGACGCUACUCUUUGUUUGUCGCAUAUGCAGAUGGCUUUGGCACACAUUGUGUUGAUACUGAUUUGAGAGUGGUUUUAUUGCUCGUUGGCACAAAUCCCAGAUAAAAUGUUGGUCCGAAAUUCAAAGAAAUGCCACAAAAUUGACCCUCUCUUUAAUUAACAGAUGUGUAGCAGCGGCCUUUCUUUAAAUGCUCUUGGGAAACACACUUCACGUUCUACCUCUGAGCUUACGAGAUUUAAGUGUUUUAAAAUAAUCUCACGUUGCCUUGUGACAAUUUAGCCACCGGACACAACUGGUUUUCCAUCCUGAAAUAGCACAGAACAACAAGCGGCAGUAACAUAGCACCAGCUCACGGUUGUGUUAGUGGGUUAUAACUGUGAAUAAAUCGGAUUACAGCAUCAAGUGUGUCAACAGUGAGGACAUCGAAAGCCUGGCGGCUGCGUUUGGUAGCGAGCAUUGUGUGCAUGAUGGCGCUUGAGGCCACGCGGGCCGGUGUACAAUACGUGAAUGUCUAACGUGACUGCAUGUUGUCUUUGUGAGUGUAUUUAUGAAGCUUUAAGCCAAAUGCACACAUGCCGUGUGGAUUUGCUGAUGGGUACAAAACCUCCGAGUGCAGACCUGAGCUGGAUUUCUCUCAAAAGAAGCUGCUGCUGGCUACUCUUCCUCGGAAGACUAGGUCCCAUUUAAAAACCUGCUGCUGGUCAAUGCAGGACAUCUGGAAUGUGCACAUGAAGAGGUUGGGGAGGGGGGGGGAUAAUAGGCAGAGGACGAGCUGACAGGCGGCACCUUGUUCUGUGAGUUCAGCACAGAGGAGCAGGUUAUGGACGCAGCACAGGAGGGGGAGCAGGACUGGGCCAGUGGAAUAUUUUCAUGACAUACUUGAUAUACAAAAGAACUUAUUAUGAAUUAAAAAAAGGCUUUUUAUUUG